UGUAAUUUUUUCGGGACGGGGAUGUCAACAAAAAUAUUGAUUCGAUAUUUGAUACAGAAUACUGAAUUCAGAUCUGUAAUAAUUAUAAAUACUUGAAAUAAAAACUACAAAAUGAAUCUUGCAAUUAAUAUUGGCGUUGAAGACAUGACUGCAACAAUUGUGCGAUAUGGGCUUUAUCUAGGAGCAAUAUUUCAAAUUGUUUGUCUAGCGGCUUGCAUUUUCAUUUCAGACUCUCCAGAAGACAAUCUUUCUUGGGAAUUUAACUUUUAGGUGGAUAGUGAUGAUGAAAGCUCUGAACAAAGUACACCACAAAAUACACCCCGAAGACCUUACCACAGAAGCCGAAAACAGGAGAAGAAAAAACGACGUUGAAACAUACAGAAGGUUUGAAAAAAUCUGAUUUUCAUCUUUGAAUUUAUUUUUUUCUUGUGAUAUUAUUUAUUGAUUAUUUCAAAUCUACUGUUAUAUCAGAUAAUUUAUAGUCAGUAGAGAUACUUUAGAAAAUAAAUAAUCAUUGGAACCCACUUAUUCAAAAUAUAAUUCACAUUAUAGUUUAUGUCAGCAGUUAAAAUAUAAAUGUAGCAUAAUUUCACAUAUAUUGGGUAUAACUUAUUUUCACUACUUAGAAUGAUUUUAUUUGAAACAUUUGGUGGUUUCAAAUAUUUUGUAACAUUGUCAUUGUAUUUACAGUAUAGUGUUAUUUGUAAAUUUUAAAUACAAUUGUUCAAAGAUUUGCCAUUUGUACUAAAAGAUUGCUGGAUAAAAAAUUCUGCAUAAUAGAUUAUAGCACUGGGAAGCUUAAGAGCUAGAUAACAUACCUACUUUGUUGAAAAACUAUCAUUUGUAUUAAUGAAUAUAAGUUUAAAAUUUUUAAAAUUAUAAGAAAUUUGUUUGUAGACCAAAAGAAGAGUGCCCUUUAGACGCAUGCCCAUAACUUACUAUCACACAUGGUAGGUUUGAUUUACGGUAGUAAAUCAAACAAUUUUUGUCAAUAUUUGUAGGAAAAUUAGCAAGAAAGUCUAUAAAAUGUAACUAUUAAAUGUCACUGAUGAGACCAUUUUGGAUGCUAUUACAAGAAUGAUCCAUAUGGCCAUUAAAAACAUAUUUAUUUAAAUGUAAUUUCUUGAAUAUAUUUUAGUUAUUCAUUUUGUAAUAUAUAUUGUUUAAUAAU